AUGCCUAAGUUUGUGCAAUUCAAUCCUCGGGAAGAAACCAUAGAUGACUACAUCGAACGGUUCGAAAUAUUCCUCAAAGUCAACACUGUGAAGGCUGAAAGCAAGGUAGACAACCUUUUACAUUACAUCUGGAAGGAAGCGUACGAUACGCUUAAGAAUAUUCUGCAGCCCAGUCUACCGCAAGCGAAAACUUACGACGAGCUCGCCAAGGAAUUGAAGCGUCAUUGUGCACCAUCAAGACUGAUUACAGCGGCGCGUACGAAGUUCCAUCUUCGUCAGCAACAGGACGGCGAGUCCAUCACGGAUUUUGUGGUGGCCAUCAAGGAACUUUCGCAGACGUGCUGUUUCGAAGCAUUCCUGAAUGAGGCUUUGCGGUACCGCCUCCUUGCAGAGUGCAGGAACCCUGAAAUUCAACGAAGCCUACUUGAAUUGGACAACGAGGGAUUCGACGAAGUGAAUAAGAACGCGUUGGCUAAGGAACUGUCCAUGCAAGAAACACGUGGAAUGCAGCAGCAGCCAAGGGAACAUUACAGUGCGGACGUCCAUGCCGUGCAACGACGGAACACACAACAGCAAAGUGUACCGGAUGAGACAGUGGAAGGCCUGAAACUUGCGUUUCCUUCUGUGUUUCAUUCCGGGACUGGAACGAUAAAAGAUUAUGAAGCAACGCUCAUAGUGAAGCCCAGUUGUCAACCAGUUUUUCCAUGA